GCGCUGUUGUGUGUUUUGACGCCGAGCACGCUAUAUGACGUCAUCGUGGGAGUGUUCCUCCAUCGGGAGAGAUGAACGGUCCCCAACACAAUCCUCUCAGCGCCCAUCAUGUGAUUUUCCAAAAUGAUAAUGGAGACAGCUGACUAAAGACCAAGAGCCACCCUUUCAUUUGGAAGACUUACUCAGAGGAGGUGGUGCUGGACGUUUGCUUGGAAUUUUAAUCCUUGUACCCUGUCCUUUGGUCCACACAUUUGCUGAUGACAACGUCUGAAGGCUAUCCCGCUUUGUGAGUCAGAAGAGGAGAGGUUGGGCUGAUGUUCAAGUGAGUGCCAUCCAACCAGCCUCUCAGAGGGGAGGGGUGGGGGGUGUCGAUGCCGUGUAGCUAGUUUCGUGCACCCCCCGAGUAGAACUGGAGGCCUCUGAUGGAUCAGGGUUGUAGUGAGCAGUGUCCAGAGGAGGUGGACUCAGGCGGCGGCCGGGCGGAGCUGGAGGGUGGUAGGAGGGCGUCUGAGUCUGAGCAUGGUUUGUCCAAAAUCACCCAUAACGCCCUGGAGAACAUGGGAGCGUUGGGCCAUGGCCUGAAGCAGCUCUUCCACCCACAGCGCAGACGCUCCUCUGUGUCCCCACACGACACCGCCGCUUCCUGUGCAGGCGCCCCUGUUUCCGAGCCCACCGAUGUAGUCUCAGAAGUCGGGGACGCUCGAGCCCCCUCGGCCCUCUCCUCGGAUUCUGACGGACCUGCCGCUUCCGCCCCUCCCGCAGCUCUGAGCCGUGUGCUGCAGCAGAUCCGCGGCGCUCCGCCAAUGAUGAAGCGAGGCACCAGCCUGCAGAGCCGCCGCAGCAAGGCGGGGGUCACCGGGGACGGCCCCCGGAAAGGUAGCCCCCAGAUUCACCGGCGCAGCACCCACGAGGCCCUGCUGCAGGCUGGGCGCCCUCGCUCCUCCUCCACCACGGACACGCCCAGCAGCCCCGCCCUGGCAGACAUGCUGCUCACAUCCGGCUACCAUUCCACUGAGGAGCCUGACAAGCCGGAUCGCUAUGAUGGAUCGGCCCCUGCCGCGUCACCUAACGCCGUUUACUGCGGCGCGGACGGGUACGACGUUGUCGACAGCACGCCGGACCCUCAGCGCACAAAGCAGGCUAUCGCCCAACUGCAGCAGAAAAUCCUCAAACUCACCGAACAAAUCAAAAUCGAGCAGACGGCGCGUGACGACAACGUGGCCGAAUACCUGAAGCUGGCCAACAACGCGGACAAGUUGCAGAGCGUGCGGAUCAAGCAGGUGUUUGAGAAGAAGAACCAGAAGUCCUCUCAGACCAUCCAGCAUCUGCAGAAAAAGCUGGAGAACUACCACCGCAAGCUUCGCGAGGUGGAGCACAACGGCAUCCCACGCCAGCCCAAAGACGUCCUACGAGACAUGCACCAGGGCCUGAAAGAUGUCGGUGCCAAGGUGACGGGCGGCCUCUCCAGCAUUUCCCAAGCCACUCACUCCGCAGCCGGAGCUGUGGUGUCCAAGCCGAGAGAAUUCGCUUUCCUCAUCCGCAACAAGUUCGGCAGCGCCGACAACAUCACCGCCCUCAAAGAUUCUCUGGACGAGACGCCGGGAGACGAGGCGGUCGGCCCCGGGGGCAUGAGGGCCCUGGUCGCGGGGCACCUGCAGUCCAGUCCAAAGUACGGCAGCGAGGACGACUGCUCCAGCGCCACUUCGGGCUCGGCGGGGGCCAACAGCACUACGGGAGGCCACGGGGGGCCCCCCAGCUCGAGGGGGAACACACUUGAUCCUUCUCAGGUGUCGGGCUUCGACGCUAUGCUCCACGAGAUCCAAGAGCUGCGGGACAACCAAGGUCGACUCGAAGAGUCCUUUGAAAAUUUAAAGUCGCACUAUCAGCGCGACUACACCAUGAUCAUAGAGGCCCUACAAGAGGAGCGAUACAGGUGCGAACGCUUGGAGGAGCAGCUCAACGAUCUCACCGAGCUGCACCAGAAUGAAAUCCUCAACUUGAAACAGGAGCUCGCCAGCAUGGAGGAGAAGAUCGCCUACCAGUCCAACGAACGAGCCAGAGACAUUCAGGAGGCGCUGGAGGCCUGCCAGACACGCAUCUCCAAGAUGGAGCUGCAGCUGCAGCAGCAGCAGCAGCAGGUGGUUCAGCUGGAGGGUCUGGAGAACGCCACGGUGCGGACGCUGUUGGGCAAGCUCAUCAACGUGCUGCUGGCUGUCAUGGCCGUGCUGCUGGUGUUCGUCUCCACGCUGGCCAACUGCGUGGUGCCGCUGAUGAAGACGCGCAGCCGCACGCUCUCCACGCUGCUUCUCGUCGUCUCUGCGGCUUUCCUGUGGAGGCACUGGUACGCUUUCUCCGACUAUUUGCAUCGCUUCCUGCUGCACCCCAGAUGACGCGACGGCGCACGGGACUUAGCUUUUCGAAAGGCGACACGACUUCCCGUGCGGCAGCCCUCUUCACGCUCAUCCCGUCGUCACCCGAAAGAGACAAGAUGGCCGCUCCCUUCGCCGUCUUUGGUGCAAUUGUGGCUUUGAGAGAACUGCACACUUUAUUUCUCUCUUCUGAGUCAGUUUGUUUACAUGUGGACCACUUUACAUCGUCGCCCCACACACGAUAUUGUAUUUUUAACACUACUCCUGUCGUUGAAAGCAUAUUUGUUUUAAACUCAUCUGUGGACGUCCACAUUUUUAAUUUGUAACUUUUUUUCCUUUCGACUUUGUUCAAACAUGAGCUUUUGUGACCAACUCUUCCUCACUCGAAGGACACAGCUGCGCCAUACACUGGCUCAACUGGAAGUUCCACUGCUGAAGAUGAUCUAUGAACUCAACAUACUUGAAGUGCUCAAAGACUCAGUGCUUCUGUACUGUUUCUAUUAGUGACAAUGAAAUAGUCAAUACUUUUUUUUUUAAAGACCAAUAAAUUCCCUCUUUUAAAUGGUGUAA